GCUUGUUGGUAUCAUUGGUUUCUUGUCAAUUUUGAUUUCAUGGAUUUUGUUGGGUCUGAUAGUAUUCUGGAUAAUGUGAUGGGUAUUGUAAUAUUGAAUUCUUUGAUCUCUGUAGGGUCUAGUGGUAGUCUUGGUUUGUUUGUAGGGUUGGCUAUCAGAAUUGCCUGGUUUAUUGGGAAGUUUAUCUUGUAUUUUGCUUUUGCUUCAUUGAAGAAUUCACAUGCAAUUUUGUCAUCAGUAAUUGG